GCCGAGGGGCGGGGCCCGGCGGCGGGGGAGGCUGUUUAAAGUGGCGCUUGCGGGAUGGCGGAGCCGGCGGACUAUCCCCCGUUCCAGCUGGGGAAGCCCCGCUUCGAGCAGACUUCAUUUUAUGGCAGAUUCAGGCACUUCCUGGACAUCAUCGACCCCCGCACUCUCUUUGUGAGCAAGAGCCGCCUGAAGGAAGCCGUGCAGCUGCUGGAGGAUUACAAGCACGGCACCCUGCCCCCAGGAGUCACCAACAAAGAGCUGUGGGGAGCUCAAAAAAUCAAACAGGCCAUCAUCCACCCCGACACUAACGAGACCAUCUUCAUGCCUUUCCGAAUGUCAGGUUACAUCCCCUUUGGAACCCCCAUUGUUGUUGGUCUCCUCCUGCCCAACCAGACCCUGGCCUCCACUGUGUUUUGGCAGUGGUUGAACCAGAGCCACAACGCCUGUGUGAACUAUGCAAACCGCAACGCGAGCAAGCCUUCUCCGACAUCCAAGUUCAUCCAGGGCUACUUGGGAGCUGUCAUAAGUGCUGUCUCAAUUGCAGUGGGCCUUAAUGUUCUGAUCCAGAGAGCAAACAAGUUUACCCCGGCCACUCGGCUCCUGAUCCAGAGGUUCGUGCCAUUCCCUGCUGUCGCCAGUGCCAAUAUCUGCAACGUGGUCCUGAUGAGGCACACGGAGCUGGAGGAAGGAAUCGAUGUGUUGGACAAUAAUGGGAACAUCGUCGGCUCUUCCAGAGUUGCUGCCAAACACGCCCUGCUGGAAACAGCCCUGACCAGAGUGGUGCUGCCCAUGCCUAUACUGGUUCUACCUCCCAUCAUCAUGUCCGUGCUGGAGAAAACUUCGCUCCUGAGGUCCCGGCCCCGGAUGAUUCUCCCGGUCCAAAGCCUCGUGUGCCUCGCUGCCUUUGGCCUGGCGCUGCCCCUGGCCAUCAGCCUCUUCCCGCAGAUGUCCGAGAUCGAGACGUCCCAGCUGGAGCCCGAGAUCGCCAUGGCCACCAGCAGUAAGACCGUGGUCUACAACAAAGGCUUGUGAGUGCAAGAGGAGCGUCCCAGCCCGGAAAGUCUGGGGGGGAAGAGGGGAAGCUCCAGCCUGGGAGAAAGCAAACAACACCAACAAGGAGAAGAUGAAAUAAUAGAGCUCAGUGGUAGGAGCCG